UGAUUGGCUCAGAGCUCAGCGGAAGUGCUUACUUUCAUUUAGUCCGUGGUCCGCUGUGAUGAACCGGAGCUCGAACCGUCAAAUAACGGAAGAAUAACGGAUCAAAAUCACGGUUUUCAGCCACUAAACAAGCUCGCAUGGGCACGGAGGAGUCGGGCGGAGCCGUCAGGAUGAUCUCGGCCUGGUGUUUGUCGUCUUUGUUGAUCAUUUCGUCGGUCGGAGCAGCUAAGACCGGAGGGGACGACGAGUGGGUUCACCUGCCCGACAAAUGUGAAGUCUGCAAGUUUGUCAGCAUCGAGAUGAAGUCGGCCUUCGACGAGACGGGGAAGACCAAAGCAGUCAUCGACAGGAAUCCCUUCAUAGACAACAAAGGGGCUCCGCCGAUCAAAUACGUCAAGUCAGACCUCAGAUUCAUCGAGGUUGUAGAAAAUGUGUGUCAAAGGCUGCUGGAGUACAAUCUGCACAAAGAGAGAACCGGUAGUAACCGCUUCGCCAAGGGCAUGUCAGAGACCUUCUCCACCCUCCAUGGCUUGGUGAAUAAAGGCGUGAACGUGGUGAUGGACAUCCCCUUCGAGCUCUGGAACGAGACUUCAGCGGAAGUGGCCGACCUUAAAAAACAGUGUGAUGUGUUAGUGGAGAAGUAUGAAGACGUGAUUGAGGACUGGUACAAAGGAAGUCAGGAGGAAGACCUGACCACUUAUCUGUGUGAGAAACACGUCCUCAAAGGACAGGACACAGCCUGCCUGAGCGAGGACUGGGACAGGCUCAAGAAGAGGGGCGACCAGGCAGCCAUCGCGGAGGACAAGAAGAAGAAAAAGAAGAAGGGAGGGAAGAAGGGAAAGGGCAAGAGCGAGGAAGGAGAGGAGGGAGGAGACAGUGUGGCGACCAAGAAGAAGAAGGAGAAGAAGGUGAAGAAGAAGAAAAAGAGCAAAGCUCCGGUGGAGAAGAUGGACGGAGGGGUGUCGUCGGACGAGGAGAUCCAGCCACAGAUGCCUCUGUCUGGGCAGAAGACGGAGCUGUGAGGCCUGGUUCCCGUCUGGACCUGGAUCAGCUCUCCCCUAAACAAAAGUAAACUCUUAGUAAAAGCAGCUUCUUUAAAACGUCUUCAACUGUCGUCAACAUUGAGGUUCAAGUCGCUGGAUUUGCUGAAUCAGCUCUCGUGCUGUCACGUGCUGUUUUUAAAGUCUUUAUUUCAGUUUCUGGCGAUUCGUCGCAGCUGUUAAUAACAUAAUUCAUCUUGUUCGAACCCUUUAUAGCUCCAACUUCGCAUUUUUCAGGCAUUUCACAAUAACCCUAGUUUCUCCUUCACACAAGGAACAAGAUGGUGAGGUGAGGGUGUUUCAGUCAGUUACUACAUCUCUGGAUGCCACUAAACCUUUUCCAGUGUUAUUUUCAUAGUUGUAGCAGAUGUUUCUAUUGGUUAUGACACAUUAUAUUCAAACUGUAUUGUUGAAACAUUUCAUCAAUCAUUUGAUCAACAAAAUUUGUUACACUUUGGGUCGUGGAUUUAUCGUUUUUAGACGUAUGUUAAGCAAAUCUGUUGCCAACCCUUCAAAUGAACUGCAUUUCUCUGGUUUGUAUGACUGUAAAUUUAAUUUUUGAGUUUUGAACUGUUGGUUUGACCCAAAAAAACAAACAAAAUGGGAACCUGAAGAGGUCGACUUGGGCUCUGGGAACUUGUGAAAAAACAUUUAUUCAUAUUUAAUCAUCUAAAUAACAAUGAAUCAAAAUUAGUUGAGGUCCUAAAAACACCCAACACUGGAUUCCUCUUGGUGACGUUAACUGCCUGGUUUUUACAGAGCUGCAUGCCUACUAGUACUGACUGUUGUUUGAGAAUAUACAAUACCAGUAGCCUUAAAACGAUACUUCAUUCGAUACCUGCCGUCAAAGAAGCCAUUGGCGUUGCGAACACGGUACAGCUGUCCACCCUGAAGUGUUUUAUCUCGUUACUUGUGUUUCCUGAUGUAAUUCUUACGGUUAUCCGAUGCUACAGACACGUAGCAUGGCCAAACUUUUCAAUGCUGAACCGGCAUCAACCCCGUAGCGGGUUAAUCAAACAUCGCAUUGAAUUGAAGAACUCUUGCGUUGAUCGACUGCAAGCAAAACCACACAAAUAGUCUUUUUUUAAUACAAGGAGGAUUGAAUGCAUGUGUCGUUUGACUCGAGAAGUUUCCAGUUGGUACUGGGUUAUUGAGUCUAAACCUGCGUGAGUACUUUUGAUUUUUGAGCUCCAGGUCUACGAGGGAAGUUUUCGUCAUUUCUUUUUCUCUCAGUUGAACGUAGAUGUAGAAUUGCAGCUCUCAUGAUGUGAAUUUGUACCUUUUUGUUCGUGUUUCUGCCAUCUUGUAUUUACUGAAAUCUGAAAAAACGGGACCUUUUUUUUAAUUUAACUUAAUUUGUUUUGAGUUCAUUUUAUGUUUUUAUGACCUUUGGAAAAGCUCAGAUCGCGUUGCCCGAGAAGGUAAAGGCUCCACCUGUGUAUAUAAAACAUCGGCCCUCAGAGAUCUGCUUUGAAUGUUUUUAAUAUGUGACGAUUCAGAUUAUUACAUUUUCACGUCCCUGAGUUUGUCUCAUUCAGUGAAAUUCCCCUUUAAUGAGUAAAUUCAAUUUUUUUUAUGUCAGUGAUUUGUGUUUCUGUAUUUGUUUGAUUUUUAUAAUUUUAUUGUUUUGUGUCUUCGUGUUCGUGCUGUACAAAAGCUGCUAUUUAAGGUGUGCCUGUUUGCGAGUGUUUGUUAAAUCUCGAACUGAUGAUGAUGAUGAUGAUGAUGAUGAUGAUGAAGGUGUGUGUGUGUGUGUGUGUGUGUGUGUGUGUGUGUGUGUGUGUGUGUGUGUGUGUGUGUGUGUUUACAGAUUUUUUUAUUCUGAAGUAAAAUGCUGGCUGUGUUGUAUCGGAGUUGCUUUCUGAAAACCAUGAACAGACGCAUCAGUGGAUCAAUAAACAGGUUUGAAAACUCUAA